CCGUCGCCGCGCGCCGCGGCCGCCUGGGUGGUGCUGGCCGACCGCUGGCCCUGCCGCCUCAGCUGGACGCUGCAGUGCCUGGAGGACGCCGGGCAGGGCGCGGCGGCACCGGGCGGCUCGGAGAAAUCGCUCUGGAGCGUCUUCCAGGAGCACGCCGGCGAGCUGAGCGCGCUGCGGCAGCCGCUGGGCAAGGUGCUGAGCCUGGACGGCGACCCCGAGCUCUUCCAGGCCUUCCUGGCGCGGGAUUUCCCCUUCGGCGCCGGCGAGGCGCGGCAGCUGCUCGGCGUCACCGUCAACCUGGACCAUUCCAUCCGGCAGCAGAUGGGGCUGCUGCGGGCGCUGGCGCGGCUGG